AUGGAAAAUGUUACUGAAGCUCAAGAGAACCGGACUUGGACUGACCAAAUAAUCGAAUACAAAGUGGUGAGCACUUUGUUAGUUUUCGUGAUAUGCGCCUUGGGGAUCGUUGGUAAUGUUAUGGUGAUCUUAGUGGUGCUUACUACUAAACACAUGAGGACACCCACCAACUGCUACCUGGUGAGCUUGGCCGUUGCAGAUCUCAUCGUAUUAACUGCGGCGGGUUUACCGAAUAUCACGGACAGCAUCUUCGGGUCUUGGGUGUUCGGCCACUCAGGAUGUCUCGGCAUCACCUACCUCCAGUACCUGGGAAUCAAUGCAUCGUCCUGCUCUAUCACCGCCUUUACCAUCGAAAGGUACAUUGCUAUUUGCCACCCGAUAAAAGCCCAGUUUCUGUGCACACUGUCCAGAGCCAAGAAGAUAAUUUUGUUUGUCUGGGUUUUCACUUUACUUUACUCCGUCAUGUGGUUCUACCUGUCAGAUAUCAAAGAAGAAGUAUAUGAGAACGACGUAACCAUCGUGACCUGCGGCUACAAAGUUUCAAGACAACUCUAUUUGCCCAUUUACUUUUUGGAUUUCGGGAUCUUUUUUGUUGUUCCGCUUAUGCUGGCCACCAUUCUGUAUGGUCUCAUCGCCAGAAUCCUGAUCAUGAAUCCGUUACCUUCUGAUCACAAGGAAAAAAGUACAAAAGGACACAGCAACACAAGAAAGGGAUGUAAAAACUCCCGCCAGACCAGCACUACCGCGGCUUCUCGGAGACAGGUGAGUUGCGGUUCUAAAAAAACAAGUGCGCUCCAAUUUAUUAGUAAAUGGUAAUACAUUGGAAUACACAUGGGGUGAGUUAGCUUUGGGACAAAACAUCCGGAGUCUGUAGCUUUUUGACACAACAUCAGGAGUCUGUGUGCAACCUGGUCUCAUUUCCUAUUAUUCUGUAAGUAAAUCCAAGACACUCCAUUUAGUAUGAUAUGUUACGUUUCGCAUGGUUACAUAAGACAGAUGGUUACUUAAGUAGGUUGGUUGGUGGGCAUAUAAGGUUUAGGUAUAUGCGAAGGUCUAGCAACCCAAAGGCUGUGAGUGCAAAUCGCAUCAUGGACAACUUUAGCAUUUUAGCUAAUUAGCAACUUUGCAACUACUUAGCAUGUUAGCUAACCCGUACCUGUAGGUCACAAAUAAAGCUAUCCCCAGUAAAAUUGGAGCACAACUCAUGAGCCCACCUUCUGCACUGCUCACACCUAAUCCAGUCCCCACCUGUGACUGAAAACAGGGGGAGAGAUGCCAAUUGAAAAGCUCUCUUUUAAAAACGUAGAUAGCCACCUAGCUAUAUGACAUAAAAUGCUGUCAAAUAGCUAAAAGGCUACAAAGUUGCAUUAACUGAAAAGCUAUCAGUCACUAGUGGAAACAUUUACAACUGAAAUUAAGUUACGUUAUCUUUUUUUAUUUAUUUUACCUCAGAUGAUCUGGUAGUAAGGUUGCUAGCUAGUACUCCUAGCAGCUUAUGCUGACUAGCUAGCUGGCUAGCAUUUACUGCUAGUGAAGUUGCUAGUUAGCAUAAACUAGCGCUAACUGGGCUAGUCAUUGUCUAAAUGUGGUCCUCUGUAGCUCAGCUGGUAGAGCACGGCGCUUGUAACGCCAAGGUAGUGGGUUCGAUCCCCGGGACCACCCAUACACAAAAAUGUAUGCACGCAUGACUGUAAGUCGCUUUGGAUAAAAGCAUCUGCUAAAUGGCAUAUUAUUAUUAUUAUUAUUAUUAAAUGACAGGUAAGAACACAUUCACAACCAUAAAGGGGUAACUAUUUUGGUGACAUCUUGUGGUCUUUAUGUGAAUUACAGGGGGAUGGUUACCCCCUACCACCCUACGUUAUGCAAAUUCAUAACAGAUAAUAUGAAUUGUAAUUCGUAACAUAUCUUACAAAAUGGGUGAUUGUAACAUAUAAUACAAAUUCUAAUUCGUAACAUAUCAUAUGGAAUGUGUGAUGGACAACCACAAAUUAAUACAUACCACACGAAACGUAACAUAUCAUUCUAAAUGGAGUGUGUCCGAUUUACGUACAGAAUAAUACGAAAUGCUUUGAGACCAGAUGUGGACUCUCUCAGUAGGCCUACUCCCAUGUUGUGUCCCAAUGCUAGGGGUCAGUUUGAUGUUAACAUCAAAUCCAUUUUUAUUUUUUAUAAACAACAGGUGUAGACUAACAGUGAAAUGCUUAAUUCCCAACAAUGCAGAGAGGAAAAAUAGAGAAAUCAUAGAAAAAUAAUAACACGAGGAAUAAAUACACAAUGAGUAACGAUAACUUGACUAUAUACACGGGGUACCAGUACCGAAUCGAUGUGCAGGUGUUUGAGGUACAGUAGAUACAGUAGAUACAGUAUGUAUUGUACAUAUAGGUAGAGAUAAAGUGACUAAUAUUAUAAUCAUUUGAAAUAAUGAUCAGUUGUUAUAGGCUAACUAAUCCAAAACUAAUGUUACAUGUUUAUUACAAGUUUAAAGUGACAGUUCACUUCAAAAUCAAAGUGUUUCAGAUGAUUGUAUAGCCCAAUCUGUUGUGUAGAUCCAAUAUACUUCAAUUCCAAAUGAAUGGGAAAUAUAGGCACCAUCUGUCAUUAAAUGGAAACUUGAGGCUUAAUCAGUAUAGCUGGAUAUACACAACAGAUGGCAUUUCUGUCUCACUCUGUAAUUAUUGUAUUGCUGAGAAUUUUGCAGACUGCAGUAUAAGGGAAAUAAACCCAGUAGCGUUGUUUGAUUGAAUAGUGGCCCAUAAUCACCUUCUCUUCCAUGUCCUAGGUGACCAAGAUGCUGGCUGUGGUGGUAAUACUGUUCGCUGUGCUGUGGAUGCCCUACCGCACCCUGGUGGUGGUCAACUCCUUCCUGGAGCAGGCCUACCUGGACACCUGGUUUAUCCUGUUCUGUCGGAGCUGUGUCUACCUCAACAGCGCAAUCAACCCCAUCAUCUACAACGCUAUGUCGCAGAAGUUCCGUGCCGCCUUCCACAAGCUCUGCCUCUGCGGGCGGAAAGGCUCUGAGAAGCCCACCGGCGGCACGUACAGCGUGGCGCUCACCUACAGCGCGGUCAAGGACACGUCUAUGGUGGAGACUACGGACCAAUUCACCACAGAGCUGGACGAGAUCACGGUCACCGGUGAGUUACUGCCUGACAAGAAGAUGGUGUUUCAGGACACCUGUGUGUACGGCAAG